AUGGCGGCGACGAAUCCAAAGCUCUCCUGGCUUAGAGGACCAGCGAGAACGUCCUCUUCUGCGACCCGGACUUCAACAAGUUCUCGACCUGCCUCAAAGCCUGGUACACCUGGCCCCUCGAGGGCACCCAACGGCAAACCUGGCACACCAUCUGCAUACCACAGUGCAAUCAAAGAUGCGAGCGGGCGGACGACCGAGUAUAGCAACAAGGAUGACAAGUGUCCUGUAUGCACAACCGACAGAUAUCUCAAUCCCAAGCUGAGGCUGCUUGUCAGUCCCUGCUAUCAUAAAAUGUGCGAGAGCUGUAUUGAUCGCUUGUUCACCCUCGGGCCUGCGCCAUGCCCAAUAUGUGGAAAGAUACUGCGAAAGACCGGGUUCGUGUCUCAGACGUUCGAGGAUUUGGAGGUCGAGAAGGAGGUUGCGGUACGAAGGCGAAUAGCGCGAGAAUUCAACAAGAAAGUUGAGGACUUUCCUGAUCGGCGAUCCUACGAUGACUACUUGGAAGAAGUCGAAGACAUC